AUGAGGAGCCUCCGGGGAGCUGCUGAGCACCUCGUCCAAAUCGGGUGGAGGUUCUGGCACUUGGGGGUCCACAAGGUCCUCUCCCCGCUGCCGGCCGCCUGGGGUGCGUUCUCCCAGCCUAUCCCAACCAGCGGUGGCCAGCUGCUGACCCAGCUCCUCCUGUGUGGCUCCCUAGCUGUGGCUGUCGCCGGUCUGGCCCAUCACUGGCUGGUGACCUCGCUGCUCUACCCUCUGGGACCCUCGGCCGUGGUGGCCACCGUGUGUGGCCUCCUGGUCUUCCUGGGCCUGGGCCUGGUGCCCCCACUUCGCUGCCUAUUUGCACUCAGCGUGCCCACCCUGGGCACAGGCCAGGGCCGCCGGCUCCUCCUGUCCUACAGCACAGCCACCUUAGCCGUUGCUGUGGUGCCAAACGUCUUGGCCAAUGUGGGCGCAGCAGGGCAGGUGCUAAGAUGCGUCACCGAGGGCUCCCUGGAGAGUCUGCUCAAUGUCACUCACCAGCUGCAUGCGGCGUCCAAGGCCCUGGGUUCUGCAGCCGCCGUGGCCAACCGGGGCCUGACCGUGGAGGCGCAGGGCAAUGGCUCUGCCUUCCGGCUUCACAUGCUCAGGGCGACUCAGCAGCUCCUGGACGACUUCGCUGGCCUGGAGUCCCUGGCCCGGGCAGUGAUGCUGGGGACCCAGCGGGUGGUCACCGCGCUGUUCGCGCUGGGUCUUCUGCUGGAUUCAGCCUGGUACCUCCGUCACUACCUGACGGACCUGCAGUUCGACAACAUCUAUGCCACCCGCCAGCUGACCGAGCGGCUGGCGCAGGCUGGGGCCACGCACCUGCUGACCCCUCCCCCGAGCUGGCUGCUCCAGACAGGCCGGCCGAAGUUGUCCAGGGAGGAGCUACUGCACUGCGCCCUGAAGCUGGGGCUACUCGCCCUGCUCCUGGUGGCUACGGCCGUGACGGUGGCCACAGACCAUGUGACCUUCCUCCUGGCACAGAUGGCCGUGGACUGGGCCCAGAAUUUGUCCACGGUGCCCAUCACGCUGAGUGUCAAGUAUGACGUCGCGUACAGCGUCCUGGACUUCGUCCCCUUCCUCUUCAACCAGCCGGCGCCGGAGAGCCCCUGGGUGUCCACCGACCGCACCUUCCGCUGGGAGCUGAGCCUCACCUCGCGCACCUGCCGCCUGCUGCCCGCGCAGCGCCCCCGCGUGGCCGGCGCGCUGGCGGCAGGGGCGCUGCAGCUGCUGGCCGGCUGCACGGUGCUGCUGGACGCCUACGCGCGGCGCCUGCGACACGCCACCGCCGCCGCCUUUUUCGCCGCGCAGGAGGCCAGGAGGGCCCAGCACCUCCACGCCCGCCUGCAGCGCACGUACGACGGGCGCCGAGGCCGGCAGCUGCGCCCGCAAGCUCCCUCUUCCCCGACGGCCCAGCGCACCUGCAAGCCCCGGCGGUGGGUAGACGCGCUCCAGCUGCACGCCUCCAGGAAGCACGGGCGAUGGGGUUGCCGAGACCUGAGCUGCCGCCUUGGCCCUUCGCCUGCCUGUGUGACCUUGGGUAGCAGCCGUCACCUCUCGGGGCCUCAGGCUGUGCCUGUGCGUGUGGGAUGA